CGUUUUUAUUGUGCUUCCUUUUUUUUCAUUGCCCCGUGGCGUUCUCUUCCCACAUUUAUUAUGCUCGGUAUUCUAUUGAACAGCUGCAUAAAGAAGCGAUUACCGAAAGCCUCAUACAGUCACAACUACCGAGAUGAGUUAUUUCUUUCAAAAGAGGAAUAUUGUGCAAGCAGGAUGAAGGUAUAUUCACACAUCUCUGAGGAAUCUGAGCCUAUUCAGUGUGCUGUGGUGUGAGAGGAGCAUGAUUACAAGAGAAAUGUGACACUACCGCAUUCCCUCCGCUUCACUUGGGAAUGGAUUAGUGUAAAAGACUUCAUCCUUCCUAAAGGUUACAUCUUGUCAGGGUGGGAAUGCAAAACGGUGGCUGGUGAAGAGCACCCUGCCUCUCAGAAAUGCCCAGACGGGGGCUUCCUCUGCAGGGGCGGGCGCGCUGGCUUCUCCUAGGGAUAUUUUUGCUCUUGGUACUGCUGCUGUUUGCUUACUUGCUGGAGUGCACGCCGCCUGCGGAUGUAAGCCAGGUGCUGCCUGGCCUGGGAGGUGAUCCGUAUGGAAAGGAGUAUUACCAGGCCCUCCUGCAAGAGCAGGAAGAGCGGCAUCUCAGCCGAGCAGCCAGCCUCAAAAGGCAGAUCGCACAGCUCAAACAAGAACUCCAAGAGAUGAGUGAAAAACUGAGGGUACUUCAGGAAAAAAAGGAGGGUCCUGGGCCGCAAAGCCUGAUCGAUGGCAGAGAUCAAGAGCCUGGUGACCUCUUAGAGUACUUGCACUCACAAAUCGACAAAGCGGAGGUGAAUACAGGAGCGAGGCUGCCGAGUGAAUAUGCGCUGGUGCCCUUUGAGAGCUUCACCACCACAAAAGUGUACCAGCUGGAGAUGGGCCUGACGCGCCAUCCUGAGGAGAAGCCUGUGCGGAAGGACCGGAGAGAUGAGCUGGUGGAGGUGAUAGAAGCAGGUUUGGACAUUAUUAAUAACCCAGAGGAAGAUGACGGACAGGAAGACAACAUGCCCAUGCAGAGGCAGAUGUUCACCGAAAGCCACUUCUUGGCAGGACUCUACAGGACCGAGAGGGACAAAGGCACACUGUAUGAGCUCUACUUCGCUAAGGAGAAUUCCCACGAGUACCGUCACGUCACCCUCUUUCGUCCGUUCGGGCCCCUCAUGAAAGUGAGGAGCACGUCUGUAGACACCGCCAGCACCGUCAUUAAUAUCAUAGUGCCGCUGUCAGGCCGCACCGAAGCCUUUGUUCAGUUCUUGCACAACUUCAGGGAGGUUUGUAUACAGCAGGACAAGCGGGUGCAUCUCACGGUGGUGUAUUUUGGACAGGCGGGCUUGCAGGAGGUGAAGGCGUCUCUGAGGAAAAUGUCCAGUGAGGAAAACUUCAGUAACUACACUUUGAUUCCUGUGGAUGAGGAGUUUUCACGUGGCCGUGGUCUGGACAUUGGAGCUCACGCGUGGGAGAAAGGGGGUGAUGUGUUGAUGUUCUUCUGUGAUGUUGAUAUCUACUUCACACUGGAAUUUCUUAGCACCUGUCGUCUCAAUACAGCUCCAGGAAAACGAGUUUUCUAUCCGGUGGUUUUCAGCUUGUACAAUCCAGCUAUAGUGUAUGGAAAUCUUGACUUUCCGCCCCCCAUUGAGAAUCAGCUGAUUCAUAAAAAAGAUGCCGGAUUCUGGAGGGAUUUUGGAUUUGGCAUGACUUGUCAGUAUCGCUCUGACUUUCUCAGCAUUGGAGGAUUUGAUCUGGAAGUGAAAGGCUGGGGUGUAGAAGAUGUGCACUUGUACAGGAAAUAUCUACGAAGUGAUCAGAUAGUGAUCCGUACCCCUGUAUCAGGCCUCUUCCACCUAUGGCAUGAGAAGUUAUGUGCAGACGAACUGACACCAGAACAGUACCGCAUGUGCAUCCAGUCCAAGGCCAUGAAUGAAGCAUCACACUCGCACCUGGGCAUGCUGGUGUUCAGGGAGGAGAUUGAGACUCACCUUCGAAAGCAGGCCUAUAAAACCCAGAGCAGACCAGCAGAAUGAACUACAGAAUCAACAAUGAAGAGCACAACUUUGUUGAUAACAACAAUGAAGAAAUGGGUCAAACAGAUAUUUUUGGUAUUAUUUGAACUUAAGUGAACUCUAAAUAAUAUUCACGGAUUACUGAAGACCUCAUGACAGCAAAAAAAGACCAAGUGGGGUGGGAGAACGGUACUGAUAGGUACUACGUGAAAUGUUUACAUCAAGACUUUAAUUUACAUUUUGGAAUAGUUUGCUUUAAUGCCAAUUGAAAUUUUAGGUGCACUAGAAUGACGUAUUAACGACAUGUGAAUAACGUCCAGAAAUGAGUUACUGAAGAUUAUCCUCAUUCAUGAAAAAGUUGCAAGCUAUUCAUAAAUUUUAAUGCAACAUUGCAUAAAAAAUGACUUUUACAAAUGAUUUACACGGAAGUUAUUAAUGAUGGCCAUUAAGAAGAUGUGCUAUGCGUAAAGCAUGUCUUUUCAAUUGAAAGAGCCAUAUGUUACAUUUUUAUAUUAUUUCUAUUGAAAGUGUUUGUGCUGUGACAAAAGGGAGGUCCGUUGCUAAAAGGGACAAUCAUCCACAGAUGGCUGUGGUUAAACUUGCCAUGCUGGAUUUGUACUGUAGGCAAUGUCUCUGUUGGCGCAGUAUUCAGACUUUGGGAGAAGUCUUCCACACGUCUCCUGUUUGAGAUCGCAUGGACCCGAUAUGCAUUUUAAAGCAUGUGUCAAACUUUUACUUUGCACCUUGUGUGAGGACACUGGUCAGUGCCAUAGUGCUAACAGUCAGGGGUUUAUGUUAUAGGUUCGGAAAUUUCAAGACAUUGGCUUCAGCAACCACUUUGAAAUGAAUCUGUGGUAAUGAAAUACUACAACAAAAAAGAACUGAACACCCCACUGAGACUGAACAUACGACUUCCGAUGAGGAUGUUAUGUAUUAAUUCAACUUUAAGCAGCAGGUAGAUUAAAAAAAAAUAACCAUUGCUAUCUGUUGUAGAGCCUUAAAAUGGUCAGGAUGUUGAGUUCCAUUGCUUAUUUUCUAAAAUAAAAAGGAAAAAAAACUAA